AUGCUCCGUUCAUUCUUUUCGAAAAACUGCGCUGGAAGAGCGCUUUGGAGUGCUGAGAAACGUGCAUUCUCCAGCCUUUCCAUCAAGAAUCACGAGCGUGUGCUCCCCAAACGCACCUUCUUCAAAGAGCCACCUGCACUGAACGAGAUUGCGACCUUGACCAUCCGCAACGGUCCCAUCUUCCAUGGCACAUCGUUCGGUGCAAACCGCAAUGUCUCUGGUGAGGCUGUUUUCACUACGUCGCCCGUGGGUUAUGUUGAGUCGAUGACGGAUCCUUCGUACAAACAACAAAUUCUGGUUUUUACACAGCCGCUGAUCGGUAACUACGGCGUGCCUUCAAGCGAGGCUCGUGACGAAAACGGCUUGCUGCGUUUCUUCGAGUCUCCCGGCAUCCAAUGUGCCGGUGUGGUAGUCUCGGACGUGGCCCUUCAAUACUCCCACUGGACUGCAGUGGAGUCGUUGAGCCAGUGGUGUGCCCGUGAAGGCAUCGCUGCCGUAUCCGGAGUCGACACGCGUGCCAUUGUCACAUACUUGCGUGAGCAGGGUUCUAGUCUGGCGAAGAUUAAUAUUGGUGAGGAGUACGAUGCCGAUGAGGACGAAGCCUUCACGGACCCUGGCGCGGUGAACUUGGUCAGCCAGGUCUCCACUCGUGAGCCCUUCUUCGUGUCUGGCGGCGAUGGCUCGCUCAACAUUGCUGUUAUUGACUGUGGUGUGAAGGAGAACAUCUUGCGUUCGCUUGUGUCUCGUGGUGCUAGCAUCACGGUGUUCCCCUUUGAUUACCCCAUCCAGCAAGUCGCCAGCAACUUUGACGGUAUCUUCCUCACGAACGGCCCCGGCGACCCGACUCAUUUGACCAAGUCUGUCGCCAAUCUUCGUGAGCUGAUUGCUUCCUACAACGGCCCCAUCAUGGGUAUUUGCAUGGGUCAUCAGCUGCUCGCGUUGGCCAGCGGUGCCAAGACCAUCAAGCUUAAGUAUGGUAACCGUGGACACAACAUUCCCGCUCUCGACAUCGCCUCCGGCAGUUGUCACAUCACCUCCCAAAACCACGGCUAUGCCGUCGACGUUGCAACUCUGCCCAAGGACUGGAAGGCUACUUGGAUUAAUCUGAACGACCAGUCGAACGAGGGCAUUGCUCACGUUUCUCGUCCCAUCUCUUCCGUCCAGUUCCAUCCGGAGGCCCGUGGUGGUCCUAUGGAUACCUACUACCUCUUCGAUGACUACAUUGCCAAGGCCAAGGAGUUCAGCAAGGCUCGUGCCGCUGCCACCGCUUCGGCGUAA